AUGUCUACCACUGUUGUUGCCGCUGAUUCAAACCAGUUAAAUUUCAAUCCAUCAUGGAUGCGUCCCGUUUCUAUGCCGGUAUCGGCUGGAGGUGGAAAUAGUGGCGGUACUCGUACGGAACCACUAUUUGCUGCUGAAAAUCCUACAGUCGAUUAUCCUAUAGCGGAUCCAAUUUUCGUAAAAAAUCGUUAUGGUCGAGAGGAUCUGCUCGCUCUUCUUUUCAAAGAUGUGCAUCCACCAGAUGGUCUUGACAAAUGUCACUUUUAUGUGCCUGCUGCUCAGAAACCAAUCGUACUAACGCCACUUUCCGAUACCGAAACGCGACUGCAACACAAUAUAAAUUCGAGCAAGGCGAUGAGUCUACUAAGCCACACAGAUCGGGCAACGAUUGCUUCCGGUGGCAUGAUUGGUGGUCCGAAUAUUCUGUUGCAGUUGAGAGCAGGCCAGGAAAACCGUUCAUUUUCACCGUCGUGGAUACCUGUGUCUGGUGGUGGGAAUAGUGGUUUUGGAAGAGGAAGCUUACAGUUCGGCCGUGCCACCUUUGGAGGUUCAUAUCGCGGACGUGGUGUGACGCAAACAAGUUCUACCAAUCCAUCGGAACCAGUAGUAAUUGGACGAUUUAGUGGUAAUCGAAAUAAUCGUGCUGGCAUAGCCGGUUUUGGCCGAGGGAAUAAUACUACGCAACCAUUUAACUCAAGAGCUCAAGGUCUGUACGAUCCACGAGAUCCACGUGAUCGUCCGAGACAACGCAUUCGUAGCACAUCUGACGAUACACUAUCGUUUGGUAGCGCUGACGAUUCUUCUGCAUCUCUGAGCAGUGGUUGGACUCAAGUGGGACGAGCUGCAGCACCAUGGAGUAAGAGAAUGCAUGUCAAUGUAAAUGCAAUACAGCAACCACCAGCGAGCGCGGAAUUUACUAAUCAGUCACAACUACCUGAAUGGAUGGGUGAUGAUCAAGAGAGAGGAGAUAGUUCAAAUCUGGAUGAAACUGGUUCAUUCGACGACAGCGGUCAGUUUCAGGCAGCAGCAGUCGCUCAGCGAAUGGCGACAUCUUUGGAUUUGGUGCAAAACCCUGCAUCAAACAUACCAGUGGAUAUUCCGGAAAGGGAAAGAUCGCAUCAAGAAGGGGAAAAUCCAUUAGCACAAAAGCCUUUAGCAUCAUCUGUACCUGUUGCUGUUCCUAAUACUUGGUCCAUGCUAUCCAACAAUUUGGAGCAUCCACAGUCAAACAGAAUUACAAAGCAGUUUGUUGAGAAAUCGGACAAUGCCACAACUUUAACAUCCGAACCGUCGACACCCAUAACUACAACAACUGCUGAUAUGAACAGUCCCUUUCAGGAAAAUUACACGAAUGAUGUAACCUUACUUGAUCGUCCUGCUUCAAUGGGAUUGUCUUCAAAUAGUGAUUGUGUCGAUGAAUGGUACUACGUGGAUCCGAAGAAUGCCGUGCAAGGUCCCUUUCCAACAAUUCAUAUGCAGGCCUGGUAUAAAUUGGGAUAUUUCACAUCGGAGUUGCGUGUUCGACAUGGACAGAAUUCAGAGAGCAGUUUCAUAACUUUGGGUGAGUUGAUAACGAUGAAUAGUGAGGAGGCACCGUUCAAAUUGAAACCUUUUCCAUCAUCAGUAAUGCAGUUGCCUUUGCAGCAGACUGAGGAAGUAAGCAGAAAUAUAUGGAGUCGGGAUUAUAAUGCAUCGCUUAUUGAAGUUGCAAAAGUCAAGAAAGAGCGACAGAAAUUGGAAGAAGAGCAACGUCGGAUGGCAGAGCAGGAGAAACACUUGAAGAAGAUGCGAGAAGCUUUAUUGAAAGAUGAAGUAGAAAGAAUUGAACGAGAAAGAUUAAUUGUGGAGAAGGAAAUGCAACUUCAGAGGGCACAAGAAGAAUUAGCACAAUUAGCAGCAGAAGAAAAAGAGCGAGCAGCGGCACGGGAGUGUGAAAUAGAAGCUGAAAAAAAACGAUUAGCUGAAGAGAUGGAAAGGACGAAAAAGGAAGAGGUGGAAAGAGUAUUAGCGGAAACAAGACGAAGGGAGGAAGAAAGGGAACAGCAGCGACUAAAAGAUGAGGCGGAAAGACGUAUGAAAAAAGCACAGGAGUUGAAGAGAAUACAAGAAGAAGCUGAAGAAGCAGCUCGAAAAGCAGCUGCUGAGCAAAAGCGAUUGCGACAACAAGUAUUGGCGAAUACAGUACGUGAAAAAGAAAAUUUGCAUCAGAAGCCACCAAUCGAAUCCAAAAAAGAGAAUGUCUCGAAAGAAUUCGUUGUUACUGAAGAAUUCGCGCCACUUUUAAGGCAAAAAGGAUCAGAAAAUACUUCCUCUAAUUGGCCAUAUUCUUUGCAAGCAACAUAUCAAAGUGGUGAAGAAAAAGUUACGAAAACCGCUCCAUGGGUUGGUAUAACAAAUAAAAGGACGACUGAUCGAAGUGGACCAAGUUUUUUGGACAUACAGCAAGAAGAAGAGCGGCAAAUGAUUGCGGAAAUGAAGAAUAAACAGCAGCAGCAGAUAAAUGGUGCAGCAAUAUGGAAAGAUACCGGUGAAGCAGCUCGUGCAGGAGUUUGGAGUUCUGCUACGCAUAAACUGAAGUGGAGGCAAGAUUCCCAGCCAUUACCUGAUACAGCGGUUACACCUUCACGGCAAGUUGCAUGGGGUGGCGUCAGAGGUGUGAAUGAUAUAACUGCUACAAAAGCAAUCUGGGAUGAUCCGUCGCCUUUAGAUAGUGGUAAAACUAAAACCAACAGAAAUUUGCAAAGUGCAAACAAGCCGGAACGAGGAAGUACAGAACAUGAAGCAGUAAAGAAAAUUUUCAAACAGUCCGUUACAAAUAGUGGUAAUGCACUCACUAGUUGGAUGAUAAAUCGAGUGAAACAACUAAAUCAGCAAGUGGAUGCCGAUGUGUUCGCUGCGUUCAUUGAAGGCGUCGAUAAUCCGAAUGAAGUGGAGGACUACAUAAUUGGUUAUUUGGGUGAGAGUCGUUUAGUGAAGGAAUUGAUACGAGAAUUUCUCGAAAAGCGUUCACAAGCUCGUCAGAAGAGAGAACCUGUUGAUAAGGAUGAUUUAAGCCAUCCUGCACAAGCAGCGGAUGCAUUAAGUACCAUUGCGGCGAACAAUAAAGCCGACAGUUCUACCUCGCAACAAAUAUUAACGGGUAGUGGAAAGCGCAAGAAAAAAGGUAAUAAAGGAAACAAACUGGUUGUUGAUGGUGCGUGUUUGGGUUUUAAAGGAACAGUUGAUCCGAAUCGUGUUAAUGUCGGUGAAAUCGAUACUGUUGGUAGUAGUGCGGUAAUCGAUCACUCACAAAAGUGA